AUAUGCUUUGCUGGCGCUGUAUCUUAAGGAGGGGAAGUCGUUCAGGCCCCUCAAAACAGACUGAUUUUUCAGAUCACGUUCUGACAGACGGAAUGUGGAAACUGUCGUAGUCAGAGCCAUGGCUGAUAAAAGAAAACUACAAGGUGAAAUUGACAGAUGUUUGAAAAAAGUAGCAGAAGGUGUUGAACAGUUUGAGGACAUCUGGCAAAAACUCCACAAUGCAGCUAAUGCAAACCAGAAGGAAAAAUAUGAGGCUGACCUCAAGAAAGAGAUUAAAAAACUACAGCGAUUGAGAGAUCAAAUAAAAACAUGGGUGGCCUCGAACGAGAUCAAAGACAAACGGCAGCUAGUAGAGAACCGAAAACUAAUAGAGACGCAAAUGGAAAGGUUCAAAGUGGUGGAACGUGAAACAAAAACAAAAGCCUACUCUAAAGAAGGCUUAGGGCUUGCUCAGAAGGUGGAUCCAGCUCAGAGGGAAAAGGAAGAAACGGGACAGUGGCUAACAAAUACAAUAGAUACACUAAAUAUGCAGGUGGAUCAGUUCGAGAGUGAGGUGGAAUCUCUUUCAGUCCAGACACGAAAGAAGAAGGGCGAUAAAGAGAAGCAAGAUCGUAUUGAUGAACUCAAGCGGUUGAUUGAGAGACAUAGAUACCACAUUCGCAUGUUGGAGACUAUUUUACGGAUGCUGGACAAUGACUCUAUACCGGUGGAUGCUAUCCAGAAGAUCAAGGAUGAUGUUGAGUACUACAUAGAUUCCUGUCAAGACCCGGACUUUGAGGAGAAUGAGUUCCUGUAUGACGACUUAGACCUGGACGACAUCCCUCCGGCAUUAGUUGCCACAUCCCCAUCAGGCAAUGUGGAAGAUGACUUGUAUCUCCACUCCAGCAGCACUCCCACCUCCACAACAUCAUCUUCGCCCAUCCCUCCAUCUCCGGCCACUUGCACUGCUGAGAACUCGGAGGACGAUAAGAAAAGGGGACGGUCGACAGACAGUCAAGUUAGUCAGUCGCCUGUGAAGAACGGUGCCCCAUCCUUGCAAUCUUCCUUCUCUUCUUCUGCCACUUCUGGGUCCUCUUCUUCCUCCUCCCUCUCCAUGGCGAGUGUUGUCGGAGGCAUUCCCGCAGUUUCCACCAGCAGCAGUCUUAUAGGAAGCUUCAGCAGCGCGGUGCAGCAACAUCAGCAUCAAUCUGCACAACAGCAGCAACAAUCUCAACCAUCGAAUCAGCAGCCACCUCAGACAAAACCUUCAGUCCCAUCAAACAACACCCCCAGCCCACCUAGUAACCCACUACCCCCAUUAUCCAUGUGCCCCUCACUUUCCACGCCCAGCACGCCCAGUUCAUCAGCUCCCAACUCUCAGUCCUCCUCUGGGUCUAGCCUGGCAUCCAAUCUGGGGCUGGGGAUGGGAUUGGAUUUAAGAAAAAGUGGCAUUAGCGGGACCAGCAGUGCCAACCAGAUGCCAAGUUUAGGCUUGACUGGCCACUCCACUCCUUUAAACACAAUAGCAGGCCUAAUACCUGGUUCCACAUCGGCCCUUUACGCGCACGCGGCAGCACCUGGGGGCCUGGGUCUGAGCAGCACCACUCAGUCCAGCGUUUUGCCUGAGAGCAGCACUUCCAUCUCCAAUUCAAGCUCCAGCAGCAUCACCACCAACGGAGCGGGGUCAGGGCUUAGUUUACUGGGCUCUAGCCCGGUCCACAACUCUCUGAGUAGCAGUAUUUUGGGUCUGGUCCCUGGGCAGAGUGUGGUCCCUGCCACAUCACAGGUGCCCCCGAGUUCUGCCAGCUCUACCCCUGGAGCAGUUGGCAUGAUGGUAGGAAACGGAGGGAGCGCCGGUGUAGUUGGAGUGAAUGCCGCUCCUGCCAGACCACCAAGUGGACUGAAGCAAAACGGAAGCCCAAGUUACAGUGCUGUAGUGGCAGAGAGUUCCACAGAAUCAGCUCUAAGCACACCAAGCCAGUCACAAAGCAGCCAAACCUCAUCUCUCAGUUCCUCAACAAGCCAGCCGAUGGACAAUGGCCCCAGCUUAAUUAGCUCCAUCACACUGCCCCCGAGCUCUCCCUCUCCCUCCUUCUCAGACAGCACACCGGGCGGAGGGAGUCUCCUCAACGGACCCCACUCGUAUCCGCAGGCCUCUGAGGGCCUCAAGAUAUUUGGUCAUCUCUCAGCAGGAAGAUCGCAGGCUCCAGAGCCCCUCAGCUCUCUGAAGGCGAUGGCUGAGAGAGCAGCGCUGGGAUCAGGAUUAGACGGAGAGAUUUCCAGCCUGCAUGUAACCGACAGAGGUCUGAACGAUAUCUUCUCUGGUUCAUCGGCAGCGCCCGGCACACCCGCCGCUCCUCAGCCGUCCGUGUCGGAGGUCAGCAUCCCCCCCUCACUCGGGGUCUGUCCGUUGGGCCCAACCCCUCUCCCCAAAGACCAGCUUUACCAGCAGGCGAUGCAGGAGUCUGCGUGGACACACAUGCCACACCCUUCUGACUCUGAGAGGAUCAGGCAAUACCUGAUGAGGAAUCCAUGCCCUACUUUGCCAUACCACCAUCAAGUACCACCGCACCACUCUGACUCCAUAGAGUUCUACCAGAGACUGUCCACAGAAACGCUCUUCUUCAUCUUCUACUACCUGGAGGGCACUAAGGCUCAGUAUCUGUCUGCCAAGGCACUAAAAAAACAGUCGUGGAGGUUUCACACCAAGUACAUGAUGUGGUUCCAGAGGCACGAAGAACCCAAGACGAUCACCGAUGAGUUCGAACAGGGCACUUACAUUUACUUUGACUAUGAGAAAUGGGGCCAGAGGAAGAAAGAGGGGUUCACCUUCGAGUACAGGUACCUCGAGGACAGAGACUUGCAGUGACACACACAGAGGGACGCAAAAGGACAGAGAAAAACAAAACGUGCUGCUGUUGACAUUCCGAGACUGAACUCCAAACUGUGGAUAGAGAUUGUGAUGUGUAGUAGAAACCCUCUCCUGAAACGGAGACCGGUGUCUGUAUAGGCUGCAUCUCAAUGUGAAGCCCUAGCUCCUCGUGUAGUGCUUUACUUUUACUUUUUUUUUUUUUUUUCUCUUCACACAAAAACACCCUGUGGGUCCGAUCAAACAUUGUUGCGCUGCACGAGCUGGGAAGGCUCCCGUUGGAGAUCUGCGUCUGUGCCUGUCUGUGUGCACACUCAUGUGGCAUUAGGAAAAGCCUAUCCAGCCCCCCCCCCAUGCAUGUUUAUCAUAUAUUUUUUCUUCUUUUUCCGUUUCAACAAUGAUUCUCUGUACCACCUGCCCAACAUGAGCCUGGAAGCCUUUGACUCGACACAAAAACGAAACCUUGGAUUUGAUUGUUAUGGUGCCCAUCUUGUAUUUACUGUAAUUUGGUGGUUUAGAACGGGGACGUUCAAUGGACAUUUAGUGAUGGUGUGUAGGAACGGCUUCUUUUAAGACCCUACAAUGCCUGUUGAAUAUGGUCACUAUUGAAGAUAGUGAGCGCUUAUCAAUAGUUUUAUUGAUAUUGUCUUGGUCGAUUUAAAACGUGAUUGAGAGUGACCACAGGGCCUCUCCCUGUGUCAGGGAAAGAGUCCUUAUUGGACAUGGAUUAAAUUGCUAUGCAAUUGAACUGGUCUCUGACUCUCUUUGCAAACAAAAUGUUUUUAAGUUAACCUCUCGGAGAUAUUAUGGCGCCUUCAUGUUUGUGAUGACGUAAUAAACAUGUAAAAUAAAUCUUAA